AUGCUCAUAGACAUCGGCUGGGUCAUUCCUAUAAACGUGCCUCGGGGCUGUCCUUUGCAUGCGUUUUAUAUUCGCGACGGUUUUAUGUGUGUGAAUGGGAACUACGCUGAUUUAAAGAAUUAUACACCGAGUGAAGAGACAAACUCUUUAAGAGAAGUUAAAGAAAGCCUGCAUUCUUCUACUCCUCUUCACGGGUCAACGGGGCAUCAUAGACAACAGCAUCCAAACAGCGACUUCGAGCAGGUGGGAGAGUUAUACAGAAGAGUAAUGAACGACAGACAGAGAGAUAUUUUAAUUACAAAUAUUGUCUCCAGCUUGAAGCAUGCCUCUAGAGAGGUGCAGGAGAGACAAGUGAAGCUGUUUGCACGUGCUGAUGAAGACUACGGACGCAGAGUAGCUAAGGGUUUGGGUCUGCCUCUCUCUGUCUGUUCUUCUAGCAGAAUGUAA